AUGUUGAAAGAAGUAAAACAUUUGGCAAAACUGGACUCAAAGUUUGUGGUAAAGUAUUAUCACUCAUGGCUUGAGUCCAAUCAUCUCUUCAUUCAAAUGGAGUUUUGCUCUCAAAGUCUUAAAUCUGUUCUCAAAGACAAACCCAUUGUCUUCGAGAGACAACCGGAAGACUUGAUUAAUAGUGUGUUUGAAUAUUACAUUUCGUGUGAAAUAUUUAAAGAGAUCUUAGAAUGCGUUCAAUAUUUACACGAAUCGAAACCAGUGAUCAUUCAUCGGGAUCUCAAACCCGACAACAUUUUAAUUAAUAUAAACUUCGGGUCCAAUCGUUGCGUAAAACUGUGUGACUUUGGUUUGGCCACCGAUCACAACACCGAUGGACACACUUCCAGCCGAUAUGAACACUCAGUAGUGGGCACAUCCAGAUAUAUGGCACCCGAAGUAUACAGCGGUAGAUAUAACCACAAAUCAGAUGUUUAUAGCCUGUCAUUAAUUGGCGCGCAAUUGUUUGCUAUCGAUCUUCAAUCGUAA